AUUUAUAAUUGAUUUGAAUUUUUUAGGUUAGGUAAUUCGUCUUAUUCUCUCGGAAACAAGAGGAAGUUGACGGGAAGAUUUCAUACGUAUUAUUUUAUUUAACACUUGUUUAGAUAACUACAGGAAAAAUCGAAGUAAACAAGUCAAAAUGAAUAUACGCUGUGCACGUCCAAGUGAUCUUAUGAAUAUGCAGCAUUGCAAUUUGCUGUGUCUGCCUGAAAACUAUCAGAUGAAAUAUUACUUCUACCAUGGUCUCUCUUGGCCACAACUGAGCUAUGUAGCUGAAGAUGAAAAAGGGCACAUUGUAGGCUAUGUGUUGGCAAAAAUGGAAGAGGAUGGAGAAGAUAAUCGUCAUGGACAUAUCACCUCCUUAGCAGUGAAGAGAUCACACAGGCGCCUUGGUCUUGCACAAAAACUUAUGAAUCAGGCUUCACUGGCUAUGGUUGAAUGUUUCCAGGCAAAAUAUGUAUCACUUCAUGUGAGAAAAAGCAACAGAGCAGCUCUCAAUCUUUACACAAACUCUUUAGGUUUUAAAAUUCUUGAAAUUGAACCGAAAUAUUAUGCGGAUGGAGAGGAUGCAUUCUCUAUGAUGAGGGAUCUAAGCGCUUUUGCUGCAGAAAAUAAGACAGAUAGUGAUAAUUUGGAAAUUAAGUCUGAGUCCGCUAUAGUGUCACAGUGUUAAAUGGAAUCAUAUUAAAUAUUUGACAAGAAA